GCUCCAAAUUUGUCCAGCCAGUUCCUGCUCUCUGAUUGGUCAGCUCUCUGAUUGGUCUUCUCGCUGAUUGGCUGAAAGUUCGGUUUGCGGACAGUCAGUCGACGCAGUUUGUUUUCUCGCCUGCGGCUGAAGAUUGGACGGUGAGCCGCUGCUGAAGGAUAAAGUAUUCAGCUUCUCAUUUUAUGGAUAAGUGUGUGAAUGGUCAUGCAAACCGGCGGAAAACGUAGAUAAAGUCUGGUCUUGCAUUCUUUCUUUUCCCGGCUCUGUGAGGGGUGUCCAUCGGAACGGUUUACAUGCGGACUGUCAGAAAUACUACAGCCUCACGUGUUUGACUUUAGCUUAGAUUUGAUAUAUUUGUUUCUACAUUUACUCGCAUUUUCGCUCUCGGAGCCACAGGCUGCUUUGCUCACUGUCAAAGUCGACUUCAUUCAAUACUUGUUAGAGUUUCGGUCACAAACCCCUCUAUACGUGAAUCAUUCUGGGACUGAAAAACGGAUUAAGUUAUCGCAGUCAUAAACUGACUGAAGAGGAGGAGAAGGACUGAUCGGGAGAAAGGCAUGAAAUACGUGCAGGUCAUCAGAGGGUAACACACUGUGGAGAUCUCAUCACUUUUUACAGUAAAGAAGCGGCUCGUUCCUCUUCCUGAAAAUUGAAACUAAAUGGAUCUUGUCUGGGUCUUUCUGCUGCUGGAGGUGUUUCUGAUGUCCGCUGCUGCCAGGGGUCCUCCAAGGGUGUCGGAGCGGGUGGCCCACCGGCAGAGCGUCCGUCUGGGUCGCACCAUGAAGCUGCCCUGCCCCGUGGAGAGCGACCCCCCACCGCUCAUCAUGUGGACCAAAGAUGGCCGCAACAUCCACAGCGGCUGGACGCGCUUCAGGGUGCUGCAGCACGGUCUGCGGAUCAAAGAGGUGGAGCCUGAAGACGCAGGGACGUACAUCUGCAAGGCUACCAACGGGUUCGGCAGCGUGAACAUCAACUACACGCUCAUCGUUAUAGAUGACUCCAGUUCCAGAGGUGGAGCGGCGACGGCCAAUGUCGACUCUGAACACGCCCCGGAGCUAGCUGGAAAACCGGUGCGUCCACGUUUCACUCAGCCGUCAAAGAUGAGGAAGCGGGUCAUCGCUCGUCCUGUGGGCAGCUCAGUGCGUCUGAAGUGCACAGCGAGCGGGAACCCUCGCCCCGACAUCGUCUGGCUGAAGGACAGCCGGCCGCUGGUGGACGAGGAUGCUGGAGUGGGAGGAGCAGGAGGAGAAGGGAAGAAGAAGAAGUGGACUCUGAGUCUGAAAAACCUGAUGCCCAAGCACAGCGGGAAGUACACCUGCCAGGUGUCCAACAAAGCAGGAGAGAUCAACGCCACCUACAAAGUGGAAGUCAUACAACGUACCAACUCUAAACCCAUCCUGACCGGCACUCACCCCGUCAACACCACCGUGGACUACGGAGGAACCGCCUCUUUCCAGUGUAAAGUUCGCAGCGACGUUAAGCCCGUCAUUCAGUGGCUAAAAAGAGUCGAACCCGGUGACAAGAACAAAUUCAACUCCACCAUCGAGGUUGGAGACCACCGCUUUGUGGUCCUGCCUACAGGGGAGGUGUGGUCCCGCCCUGACGGAUCCUACCUCAACAAGUUGCUGAUCGCCAGAGCCAAGGAGGAGGACGCCGGCAUGUACAUCUGCCUGGGAGCCAACACUAUGGGCUACAGCUUCAGGAGCGCCUACCUCACUGUGCUGCCAGAUCUGAAGCCCCAAAACAACGCUGUCCCCACAGCAACCUCCCCGAGCCUCCCCUGGCCGGUCAUUAUUGGAAUACCUGCCGGUGUCGCCUUCAUCUUAGGCACCGCCCUCCUGUGGUUCUGCCAGUCCAAACGUACGUGCUCCUCUUCUUCUGCUUCAUCCUCCUCUGCUCUUCCCGCUGCCCAGCGUCUACCGGUCCCUAGUCGAGACCGAGCCUGCCCGGCAGUCUCUCCUCAACCGGCCAACGGGGAUAAAGAUUGUCUUUCAUACGAGGACUACAUCGCUCACCAGCAGCUGCUCCUCGCUCAGGGAGGCACUGGAUUGGCCCCCAAGGUCUACCCAAAGGUCUACACGGAUAUACACACACACACGCAUUCACACGUGGACGGGAAAGUGCACCAGCACCAGCACAUCCACUACCAGUGUUAGCACACUUUCACAUCCCGCUCUCAUACAAACAUGUCCCUGAGCAUGCAGACUCCUUCAUCACGGUCCAAACUCGCUGCUGGAAAGCCACAUGCAGGACACCAUGAGGACUUUUAUACAGAAACACGGAGCAACUCUUCCCCGCCAUGCUGCAGCCACGUUAACGUGUACACACAGACUUAUAAAAGACACAAACUAUGAAGAAUGUAAAGAAAGAGGACAAAGAUCCUUAUUUUUUAAUGAAUCCAGUGAAAUGUAUGAAAGAAAAAUCCCAAAACAUGUUUAUCAAAGAUUAUUUUCAAAUAAUAUUUUCUGUAGAUUUAGAAAUCUUCUUUUUCUUUUUGCCACUUCAAAGUUCUUUCAGUACUUUGGACACAACCACAAUCUCCUCAGUAACAGCAGAAAUAGCUCGCCUACAACUAUAUCUACUAUUGUAAAUAGAGGGAUAUGGCAUUUAGCAUCCUACUUCCUCCUGGGUAAUAUAUAUAAAGAACAAUAUAGCAUGUACGUAAUGUAAUAGAUUCAUUUAAGAGUAUAUCAUCGGGCAUCAGCCAAAUUGAGCCAUAUAAAACUCCACCUGUAUCGACACCUUCUGCAUUCAACCUUUGAAGCCAACAGCGCAAAGAGAUCAUCAACAAUGCCUCGGUGUAAAAACUGUGCCUUCAAACCAUUGUUUCCAGAUUUCGUGGAUAGCUGCCGGAUCAUUGGAUAUGUCACAGAGUCUUGUUAAUCUGUUGUCAGAUUUAGAAGGCUUUAAAGAAAAGAACUUCAUCCUAAAGUGUCUCUCAAUAAGAUCUCGGGUGUAAUGGAUCAGGGCUGCAUGUGCUCGGUUCCAAACAGGGACUCUUCUGUUGUCUCUUGUUUUAAGAGCAAAUCUUUGGAUAGUGCCUUUCGUCUCACCUCUCUUGUCCUCUUUCACCCUGUCAAAAUGAUCAAAAAGGUAAAUGAGAUGCUGCUUUAAACUGAAACAAAUAUUGAUAUCUCAAAAAUAUUGAGCCGUAUGUGCUGCAUAAAGUUGUGUUGAUUACUUUAGCAGAGCAUACAUCACCUGCUUUUAGUCCUGUGUAAUGGAAAUGAACUAGAAUAACUAUUUUUUUUGUACAAUUCUCACGGCUGCAAAGUUUUUUACUAAAAUAAGAGAUUUUUUUAAAUUAUGAGAUCUACAAAUGUGUUUAAAAUGUAUUUACAGGUGGGUUUUUAAGCAGUUCUAUCACCAUACGAAAACCCCCACACACCCAUGAUACUCCUCCACAUGUGUUUUCAUUCAUUCUGGCUGAACCUCCUUCUGUUUUGUGCAUUUGAUGAAUAUGUUCCUCCCUCUUUGUUGCACCAUAUAGCCUGGGACAGCUAAAACCCUCAUCAUACACCACGACUUCCUCCAGAGCAGAGGUCUAAUCAGCCAGGUUGAUUGGAAACACCUGUGAGGAGCUUUCAGUCGCUAACGAGGAGGUCACCUGCAGCAGCUGCUAUGAGUGAAGCUAAUUAGGACGCUAUAUAAGUGAUCCCUGGGUAAGCUGCUUUCAAAGCCAGUGUAAGCUCUAUUUGGAGAGAGUGGAUUUAAACAUAAAGUCAUAUUUGUUAAGUGGUUAGACCCCCAUGGAGCCAGUACAUGAGGAGAGACGUAUCACAAAAUCCCAAACGAUUUUAGAACAGCCAAUCAAAACCAUCUUCAAAACCACAGUUUAGUAUUAGAGUAUUGUUUUUUACAGUACUUCAGCCACAGGGAUUUUAUUUCUUGGUGUUUUAAAGAGAAACUGUUUUCCACCCUCUCUUAUGAAGUGAUUUUUCAUGUAUUUGAAUGGCAUUUCACUCUCAUUGUAUCACUACAUUUUUACCUUCCCUGCUUCUGUUAGGGCGACUCAAAUCUCAUCCCAGGAAACAGCUCAGUCUCUCUCUCUCUCUUUCUCUCGCUCUCUCUCUCAGGUCUCCAUCUUAUUGCUCCUGUGUGUUCUCAUGAAUCUGACCACUAUGUUAGAAAGAUGAAAAACUAAGAUCAGCUGUUUCACAUUACAGGUCUCUCUGAAAGGCGCACAUGCCACGUACAGAUCAAACAGUGGGGUGACUCUGUCCAGAGAUGCUUAAAGGUUGUUUUUUUUAAAAUCUCAAAUAUGAAAGAAACCGAUGCUUGUCAUAUAUUCGAUUGAACAAGGUGGAUUUUUCUCUCCACAGAGGAUUUUUUAAGAAUGAAAUAAAUCAGUAAGAACUUCACAAGGGUGUGUUUGAACAGCCAUGGGACAGGAAGUGAUAUAUUGAUUUCACCCAGUGACUUUAGUUACACAUGUGGUCGUUCUUAAGCACGUAUUUUUGCACAUAAAUCUUUAAACUCAAAUAGGAGAAUGUACAAAUAUAUACAUAUGGAUACUUCAUGUAUGCCCAUUUGUUAUAAUACUCAUUGGUAUGCUAUCUUUGUCCUGAAAAUGUCAGAAAAAAACUCUAAGCCAGGCCUUUAGUCUCUGUAUUUGCCUAUUUUAAAUCUCUUCAUUUGAAAACCUGUGAAGCUCUUCACUUUCUGAGUAAGACAACUUUAAAGAAAGUGUAGCCUAUACCUAGCCUUUACUCAGAUACGAUUUGCCACAGCUGGAUACCUGUCAAAACAAACCUUUUAUUAAACCAAUAACCAAAAUGAGCAUCUUCUACCACCGUACACAGAUAACCUCUGUGAUGUUAUCCGUUGUCUUGUUCAUCCCUCCAGUGCAAUGCCCUCUCUCCCUUCCUGUAAAACUAUUUAAUUACAUUUAACGUGACAAAUUGUAAGUAAUUAUCGGUACAUCAGAACAGUAGGCACACAGUAUAUCAAAAUUAUGUUCCUCACUCGCAAAAUAUUGUUGUGUUGUGAUCUUGUUCUUGUUUUCAUAUUUGCUCUGGUUUGAAACAUCUGUUGAAAAAGGGACACCACACAGCUGGAGUGUGUUCUUUGAUUGUGUUGACAUGUCCUUCUGUGAAAACUGUUAUCAAACGGUUCCCUUUGUUUCAUUCAUAUCACAUGUUAAAAUCGUAUCAUGUCAAAGCUAACCGACUGCCAGUAGACAGACUGUGUAUAUGUGCACUUACCACUAGCAUGUACAUGGAAUGACAUUAGUGUUGAAAUGAUCGUUACUGUUAAAUAAAAUAGCAGGAAUACUUUGAACCCUGAAUAGUUCUAGCAACACAUUGGCCGACCUAAACAUUGUAAAUUGUCUCAAGAUUCAAAAGUUUCUAAUUUAUUUAGUUUUUUCAUAUAAUCGGGCAUUAUACUGCAUGAGUGGAUUUUGUGUUAUAGUAGUUAUGUAAGCUAUGUAGCAAAUACCAUGUUCAUGUCAUUGUAAAAUAUGUAUUUAUGUGUUGACGGAGUAUUCAAAAUUUUAUCAAUAAUCUUUGUAUCGACAAUCUUGUACAGACUAUUCUCAUUUAGGUUACAUUUUAUUUUUCCUCCCAUUGUAAUCAGUGUAAAGGUGCCAUUAAAAAACGUAAAUCUA